AAAUAAUUUGGUCUGAUGGGAAUCUAAAUACUGGAGAUGAGAAAGCACGGUCGAAUGUGUUAUGCUAUGUUUAUCAUGAUCGUACCUCUGUCAGUAGCUUACGCAGAGGUAACUUAUACCGACCUUCCUCAAUCUCAAGGUUGGGAAGCACCGGUAGCAGGGAAGAGGUUUGCACUAAGUCAAGAUCAGACUCUGGCGAUACAAACUACACCUGAUUUUGAGCGGGAAGGGAUAAAUCCUUUAUUCGUGUUCUCAGAUGGAAGCGUGUCUCCGUUAAAAUUCUUCAAAAGCAGAAGAAAAGGCUGGUACUACCGAGUGGAUUUCUGCAAUGAACUGCAAUCACUCAAACGGGUCCCAAACGGCCACAAGAAAUGGAGACUCACGCUCACACUAACUAGCUUGGUUCUGGAGUGCAACGGAGAAACUCUUCUUAAUUUUAACUUCGCUGAAGAUGGGCGCGGUGAUAUGUGUGAACAGACUUGGACUAACAAACAAAUAUCAUCUAUAAUGUUCAGCAGGUUAAAACACUUUGUCAUCCGAGCUGAAGAGAGUAUUUGUGUAGUAGAAAGGACAAAAAUAAAGAAAGGAGAAAAGUUGGGCUUCGGCUGCCCCCGUGGACUAACCAACUAUGGGAACAGUGAGGGAACCUGUGUGGUAGCAGACCAGUUCAACUUUACAAGGAAGCCACCUCUCUGUAAAUAUGCUUCCAGAACCUGGACGAGUUGGUCACACUCAGGAUCAGAAGGGAUAAAGAUGGCUAAAUCCUGUCCUCAAGGGUUCUACGUAUUGGAUAUGGUUUGGCUCUACCGAUCAGGACAUGGAGUCAUAGAUCUUGCGUUAAAAUGCCACGAUCCUGAUAGAAGAUCAAGCCAGUUUGUAGAUUUUGUGGGACACGAGCGAUUGAUAGAAGAUGGAUUAGCAGACAGAAAACGGCCAGACAGCAGUGAUAUCUGGGGCUGGUUCCCCAGCUUCACAACUCUCCUCGACCUUGAUGGAAGUGAAGCUAGCAAUUAUGUAAACAAACCAGACACUGAGUGGUUCGAUGACGAACUUUCCGCAGGGGCGAAAUGUUCUGGGAAAGGUGGAAUUGACUCUUUCUUGGGACAUAGCCAGAGCUGUUGCGGGCUGGUGAACACUAGCUUCAGAUGCACUGAUAGCGUGUCAUGGUAUAAGACUGGAACAAACAUAAAUGGAAAGCAAAACAAGAAGAUACAGUGUCCCGCAGGACAAGCCUUCGUAGGAGCUGAAGUGGUGUACGGAGAGACAACAGAGUUUAACAAAAUAUUCAACAACAAUCAUCCAGGCAUCACAGAUGUACGCUUCCAGUGUGAAGAGUCAAAAUAUCCGCCAGUUGCAGCUUGUGUAGGAUUACCUUCUGGGUGGAAGUCCGUGAUAACCUCCGCAAGCUUUCCUGUUGAGAUUGGAAAAGUUAUCCAAGUGUCCUGCUCACGUGGCUACAUUAACAUGGGGGAUAUAGAAGUGACAUGCGUGAGGAAGGAUCAGUUCUCCUACACAGAGGAGCCUUUCUGUAAAGACGGCUGUUAUACAAGCUACGAGAUGAAUGUUGGUCUGUUUCCUGACUCCCAGAAAUUAGCACAGAGUGAGUUCAGGAGUUUUGAGAGUUGUCAGGAAUGGUGUGAUGAUACUCCCCUCUGUAAAGGAGUAGCCGUCAGUCCUUGGAAUUGGGCCCGUGAGUCCCGAGAGUGCUUUCUGGUGGGCACUAUGCACAUAACAGCAAGGAGUGGAUGGACUGCGAGUUCUCUAAGUGAUUGUGACCAGGGGAGAGGGCUACACAAAACCACAGCAAUUACCAAGCAAGCUUAACCGUUGCCUGACAAGGAGAACAACACAUGGACGAAGAUAUGAUAACGUUAACUAUUAAAGCUAAAGGAGCAUGGUAUUUGAGUAUUUGGGAUUCACGAUUUAAGGUUAUAUAGCAAAGGAUGAAACAGUCUGGAACAAUUUUUUGAACUACAGUUUUAGCAUGCAUGAAGAAUUUAAACCGGGAAUAUUUUACUUUUGGGUUUAGUAAUUAUUUAAUUUUUCUUCUUACAAAUUUAAGUUAGCGUGCAGAAUGUUAAAAUGUUGAUUCUUAAACCAUUACAUAAAAUUUAUGUUGUAAUUAGAAACCAUCAAGAUUAGUCGACUUCGGCAGUGAAAUGUCCAUAUCUAGAUGUUCUAGUGGAAUCGUUCUGUGGAAAAAGUCUACAGUAAUUUAAGUAACUAGUAACUACAGCUCAAUGAAACAAUAAAUUUUUCAAUGAAACAAACAGCUGCGGACGAGUGAAUGCUGCAGUCAAGUGCAGUGAUGUUAUUGUACAUGGGAGAAAAAACAUAAGCGGGUAAUA